CAACUCUCCUAUGUCCAUCUCUAUCUCUUGAUCUCCAUCUCUGUCCUGUUCUUGCUAUUUUUGUCUCUAUGUGUCCCUCCUCUCUGUGUCUGUCCCUCUGCCUCUCCCUCUCUACAUCUCUGUGUCUCUCCUUUCCCCAUCUUGGUUUCUGUUGUCCUCCUUGUCCUAGUUGUCCUCCCUGGGGAUUCCCCCCAGGGACUGCAGCCGGAAGGAAGGGCUGCUGGCCUCACGGGGCUGGGGAAGGCCAGAGGGCUGCACUUCUCCCUUUUGUGGCCUUCUCUCCCUACCCCCACUUUCAGGGCCUUCCGUAUCCAGGGUGAUGGGUACAGAGCCGGGGGCUGCCACCUUGCUCAUCUCUCCAUGGGCCUCAGGAACCCGCCCUCCUGGGUGGAUCUCAAGUUCUUGCCUCCUGCCUUAAUCUGUGAGUCUCCCAGGACUGUCCCCACCCCAGCUCCUGAAAGCCGAGCUGGCCACAGCCAUGACCCCGAGACUCUUCCUGGCCCUGGCCCUCUGGUCCAGUUGCAUGCCCAGCCAUGGAAAGGAAGCUCUGUCCCUGCCCAGGGUGUACUGCCGAGCCUCUCGAUACCCAAUAGCAGUGGAUUGCUCCUGGACCCUGCCACCAGCUCUGAACUCCACCAGGCCUGUGUCCUUCAUUGCCACAUACAGGCUUGGAGUGGCUGCCCAAGGGGAGAGCUGUCCCUGCCUCCAGCUGACACCUGAGGCCACCAGAUGCUCCAUUCCAGACAUCCGGCUGUUCUCCAUGGUACCCUACGUACUCAACAUCACUGCUGUCCACCCCUGGGGCACCAGCAGCAGCUUCCUGCCCUUCAUCGCAGAGCACAUCAUCAAGCCUGACCCUCCAGAAGGUGUGCACCUGUGGCCCCUGCCUGGACAGAAGCUGCAGGUGAGGUGGGAGCCUCCCCAGUCCUGGCCCUUUCCAGAGAUCUUCUUACUCAAAUACAAGAUUCGCUACAAGAGGCAUGGAACUGGCCGCUUCCGCCAGGUGGGGCCCAUUGAAGCCACGUCUUUCACCCUCAAGUCUCUGCGAUCUCAAGCCAGGUAUUUCAUCCAGGUGGCCGCUGAGGAUCUCACUGACUAUGGAGAGUCAAGUGACUGGAGCCUCCCCGCAACCACCCUCACAAUGCAUGACUAGUGGGGGUUCCCAGUGCCCCCAAAGAGGGCUGGGCUGGGGCAGCUCCCUACAGCUCCCUAGAGCCCUAUAGCUUCCAGCCCUGCUGCCAGUGAUUCAAGGGUGGAUGAGAUCUGCCUUGUUUAGGCCUGGUUGGCCCUGGCUGGAGUCCAGGCUUUGCUGCUGCUGAGCUGCUGGGCAACCUCAGGUGACAGACUUCACCUCAGGGACCUCUGGGCCUCAGUUUCCCCCUCUGCAAAAUGGGGGUGUGCUUUCAUCUUUAACCAUAGGGCAGGGCUAGUGAACUGUAGAUGUGAGAUAUUUAAGAAAAGAAUCUUAUAAUUUUAAUUAAAGAAUCAUUAUUGGCCAGGUACAAUGGUUCAUACUUGUAAUCCCAGCACUUUGGGAGACCAAGGC